ACAAAAAUUAAAUUUUAAAAUAAAACUAAACAAAAAGAAAACCUAACUAAGCCAAUAAAAAAAAGAUUAACCUGGAUUGUGUUGAAUGUACCACUCUACUAAAACUACACAGAGAAUGACAGAUAAAUGACACAUGUAGGGCAGGACAAUGGAUUCAUUUGAUAUAUCAAGCGAUUCGGAGGAAGGCCUGUUGGACGAGAUUGUGGUUACGGGCAAUAACCACAGUUGUUAUAAGCAUCCCUUCAAUCUACAUCAUCACCCCCAUCAGCAACAACACCAAUAUCAGCAUCACCACCAGCACCAUCGCCAUCAGAAUCAGAAUCAGCAGCAGCAGCAACAUCAGCAUCAGCAGCACGAGCCGCACUCCCAAUAUGAUCCACUUACUUUCCCAUCACCGCAUUUUUGUGAACAUAACCUCAACUCGGAUGACAAUAGUAGCUCAAUCAAUGAAACCUCCUCGGCCUCCACCACCAAUACAGCCGCCGCCUCCUCCACCUCCGCUGGGGUGUGUAUCAAUGGAGAACCGGCACAUUGUAACCCAAGUGCAGACGGAAGUAGUUCAAGUGAGGCUUCCACAGCAACCACAUCCCGUGGUGGUAGCGGUAACGGUGCGGGCGCGGCUGGGGCAGGAGACAACUGUUAUGAUGAUGCAGUCGAGUUAUCGACAUCAGGUCAAGUUACUCUUGGCACUGCCACUACCUCAUUCAAUCACCAGCUUACCGCUGACAUGUGCAGUUAUAAGAAUUCGAAAAGUCGUCGCCUCGAGUACUCGUUGAAGUGUUUGAAAUACGGACGCAGCAAUCCCUCACAAGACUCUGCUUUUGGGUCACUGACUGAUGGUGACCUCUCCAUCGGUUCGUCAAGUUUUCGCCUCAGCAGUUUCCAGUCCAUCACAUCACCUAUCGAUGAGGGAGUCGAGGAUAUUAUCAUUGCAACCACCACAGCUGGCAGCGAGACCUGCCUUGAGUUGGCGACGGUCUCGACCAAUGGACAAUCUAAUGAUUCGGCCAUUUCGACGCCUUGUCGAGAGGGCUCACCGAAUUUCCUAGCCAUCGAAGAGAAUUCCUUCACAACAUCAACAACGGGAAGCAACAAUCACAAUCGUCCACAACAGUUUCCCGUCACACUAUCGCCUAAGAUCCAAAUAACCACCUCAGCGUCCACGUCCAAUCUUCAAUUUGACCCGCCGAAGAUUCUGGUCAACGACCAGAACUCUAUUUACACCACCUCCCCCUCUAAGCGCUCCGGCACCAUUGAGGUUUUCUCGCAAAAAUACAGGGUAUGCUCCUUCGAAGAUAUGUCGCCGAAUCGCAAACAGUCGAAGUAUCACCUGAAGAACGCCAACCGCUUGGCUUUUCGGUCGCUGGAAGAGGAGCAGCGCAUCGAUAGCGCCUUCAUUCCGAUACAAAACCGUACAAAUUCCGAAAACAGGGUAAACAUCAACAAUAGUGAGAAGUACAAGAAACUCACACACACUUCAUUCAGCCGAAUCAGCAAAACCACCAGCAGUGUGACGGUAGCCGUUGAGCCACCGCCUAAUUCAACUAAUGCCGCCAGCAACUCUCAACCACGGGACAGCAGGCAUACCCUCUGGCGGGACAGUAAGUUCUACCGGAAGAAUCGCAUAGCCAAGUCUAACGAUUCACUUUUGGAAUCUCCGAAUCACUCUCCGUCGCCGUGUCGCCUUUCCCCAUCUUCGCUACGAGACAAUCACUAUGAGGCCUCAUCGCCCCUCUCUUCGUCUUCGUCAUCAUCCUUCACCCGUCAUGGUGGACUCAAUCGGGGCAGCUCGGUCAACGAGAUCUCACAGAACUGCAAUGGCAGCUCGCCCCAUCGUCGGUAUUGCAGUUCGAAAAGUGAAGAUCUGGGAGAUCUGGAUAUGCCCACAACAAUCGAUGGGCGUAAAUCGCAUUCCGAGCGCCAUCUAUUCGGACUGUCAAAACUCCGACAAACAGCCAUCAAUACCACUAUCGGCGGUGGCAGCACUGGCAAUGGACACAGCAUCGGCGGCGAAUGUUUCUCCGAAGACGAAACCUUCCAUCAAGAUGACAAUAAAUCCUUGAAAAGCCUCAGUACAUGUUCCAUCAAUCGUGUCACUCUAACAACAACAACAACGACUACAAGGACCAAAAAGAAGACCACCUCAAUGGCUGUUCUGCCUUCAUCAGCAGGGCCAACAAUAACCUGCAAUGUUAGGAAUUCGGUUUUCAAGAGCCUCGACCAUGCCCUCAACUACAUCGAUUCGAAUGGCGAUGACGAUGAUGUAUCGAGCUCAACGGAAGAGUCACCUAGCAGACGUCAUUACAGUGACAUUGCUAGAAUAUUUGGCUCAACGACUACAUCACGUGCUACCGAUGAUCCACAUAGUAGUAGCUGUAGUGAGGAGAAGACUCCGCUGCUGGACAGCGUUGAAAUGUCACCGAUAAGUCCAACCGAGCCGGAUCUCAAUAUGUGAUAUACGCAAUUUUGUUAAAAUGGUCGUUUUUUUUAUUUCGGUUUUUUAUAAUUUUCAUUAUUUAACAUAAUGUUUUAUAAUUUUUCGUCGAUAUUUUCCUUUUGUACUUAAAAAAUAUAAAUAUUUAAUCAUACAUUCUAGAAAUAGUAGCGAACAAAACAAAAAACAAAAAUUACCGAGAUGAAGUUGGAAAAAAAUCAUUAUAAAAGUUUAGGUUGAGAAGAAUUUGAGAUUUGUUCCUUAUAUUACUGCAAGAGAAAGAUACAAAUAGUUAAUCUAGGGAAUCUUAGAAUUUUGAAACACAAACAGAAGUAAGCUAAGAAGUUCAUAAAUAUUAAGAUGACUCCAAAAGUACCGCCCGAAUUUCAAGAAUUAAAUUUAAAAUAAAUAUUACAUCUUUUCAGAAUGAGAACCGUAAUUUUGACAGAUUUCGUGUAUAAAGUAAACUCUAAAUUACUUGAAUUAACUUAAAAAAGAAUCCUAUUCAAAUAUUAGGGUUUUCGAUUUUAAAAAUAAACAUGCCACACAUGCAUUUCUUGAUAAGAUUUCUAUCAAAAUUAUAAAAGUUUAAAAAAUGGUAGUGAUAAGUUGCAUGCAACUUAAUUGGCUAGAUUAUGUUUUACAGAUUUCUGCGAAUUUUCUCCGCCAUAAGAGGAAAACAAAAUAUGAGCAGAAUUUUCCACUCAAAAGUCAAAUGAGCUCUGUACCUUUUUUCUUCCUACUUGGGAUACAAAAUAAUUGAAAAAUCAAAUCCUUAAAAUUUUAUCCUCUGAGUUUUGAAUUUUUGCUUUUAUAUCCUUAUAACCUCUUCCAACGAAAAUAAAGAUAGCAAAAAGUUUAAAUAAAAAAAAUACUUAUGGAAAACAACGCACGAUUUAUAUAAUCAGACAUUUUUAAAUACAUUAAGUAUAUUUAUAAAUGUUAAUUCUCAAUUCCUCAUCCGUCAAUUUCAUAUUACAACUCAUGUUAUAUCACUUUGCCUUGUCAAUAUUCAACCUUAAAUAUUUCUGACGUUUAAGUUAUAAUGGGUGUGUUCCAUUUACUGUCAAUUUCUAUAAUUUUAUGUCUAAAUUACUGUCAAAAUCAUACACAAAAAAAUGUUUAGAAUGCGGGACAGUUCGGAAGAAAAUAAAAGAAAUUCUGAGAAAAUAAUAUGAUUUUUGACAGAUUUUCUACUUAGGAUUCAUAUUGACAAAUUAGAAUUAUUUAGCCAAUUUAAGUUUUUGACAUCUUUAAUAUUGGACUUUUAAAAAUAAAACUCAUUGUUUUUAUCGCUUUAAUUCAAUAAAUGUUUGUUGAGAUAAAUUGAUAAAACGUUGAAAUUAGUCGCUUCAUAAGAGUCCAUUGAAAUUGUCUCCGGAUUUAUCCCAAGCUGAAAGACACCGUUCUAUUCGAGGUUAUACAAUAUAAAUUGGAUCUAUUCAAAGUAAACACCACCUAGAUAAUCUAUGCAUCUAGAUAACCUAAGCAUGUCAAAAUUGUGAUGACAGCUUUAAUUUAUUAGGUUUCAAUUCAAAAAAUAAGAUCACAAACCAAAUUAAGGAAUUUUUUUAUAUAAAUUGAAAGUGGUUUCUCAUGAAUUAGGUUCGCGAUUAUCUCAAAUCUUCACUUCCUUCACUUAUACCUAACUGAAGCUUCUUCAUACAAUAACAAAAAAAUUCCAACAAAAACUAUAACAUAAAACUUCUCAAUGGUCCAUUACCAAUACAAUUAUUGUAAAAAAAAAAUUAAUGACUAGUAUUAUUAUAAUUCUAGCAAAACAAUUUUGCGCUUUAAUCACACCUCCAUCCUUAUGAUAAAAUUUAGGUAAUUAAUAAUUAAAACAAAAAAAUUUAAAUAACUUAGUUAAGGUUCACACUGAUUUGUUAUAAAAACAAAACAAAAAAAAAACAUUAAAAUAAAAUAAACAAUUUUAGAAAAAUAUUCAAAUUACACUAGCUAAUUUUAUUACCUACAUAAAAUUGUAAAUAAUAACAUUAAAACCAAAACGUCUAUAAACUUAAACAAUAAAUAAAAUAAAACAAAAAAAAUAAUGAGCUUUACUUUAAUUAAAAUUUAUAUAAAUAACUUAUCUUCUGUUGUAUUGUUAAUAUAUAUUAUAAAAUAGGGUAUCACUAUUAUAAUUAUUAUAUAAAACUUUCAUUCCACAAACAAACAACAACAAAAAAAACAAUAAAAUCAAAUCAAAUAAACAUUAUAAUAAUAAUGAGCAUGCAAUUUAUUCUUUAACUGCUUUUUUAUUUAUCAACUUCACCUUCAAUAUGGCAUUUAGAUUAUUAUCUAUGAAUUAAUGUAUUAUCUUAACAAUUUUCUAUUUUUUAUGAAAAUCUUAUUUAAAACAAUAUUAAAUUAUACUUCAGCGAGAUUAGAUCAUAAACCGAACAGCAAUAUAUCAAUUUCUAAAAAUAAAAUCAUAAGAAAUAAAACAAUAAACAAUUUUAGUGUCUACAACAAAAAAAAAGAAAAACCUACAAAAUGUAAAAUAUUAGAAUUCUUUUCGAAAUAUUUAAACAACUAAAAAAAACACACACACUUUACUUUCUAAGUUUUAGCAAUUAAAUAGAAUAAAACUAACCCAAAAACACACUCCUACUUUCAAGACAUUUAUUGCAAAUCGAAUAGUAUAUUAUAAAUAUAGAAAUAAUAUAGACACGAUCCAUUAAUCUGACUUUACAUACGAGUAAUAUAAUAAAAUUCUCUUUUUAAAAAAUAGUAAAAACAUAUUCAAUUCAAUAUUUAAAAAAAAAAUAA